GCACACCCAACAAGAUUUGACUAAUUGCUCGCCCUUUUUUAGCUAGAGUGGGGUGGUUUUGCCUUUGCUGCCUCCCCUCCUCGCCAAUGUCGCGCCGGAAUGAUUGUUGCAGCGCAGCAACACAGGCUAGCAAGCAGCUCUAGUCAUGGCGGCCAUCAUCACCAACUCCUCUCUACUCUAGUCUCUGGCCUCUUUCCUCUGGAUCCUGGCAUUUUGCAUUGUCGUUUGCCGUGUUAGUUUAGUGAGCAGAUUGUACUUUGGGGGUGGUUAAAGAAUCCGGGGGUAUUUGUGGUGUGGUGGAUGCUGUGGUGCGUCCGCGCGGAGGACGCAUUGGCCGCCGCUGCAGCCGUGGCCGUGGCGUCCGACAAGAUGCGCUCCGUGACCCUGGGCGGUUCGAUCCAGAGGGUGAUGCGGAGGAUUGGCGGCGGCGGUGGUGGCCGGAGAUCGGCCGGGUCGAGGGGCGCGCCGCAGCGGGCGGAAUGCCUGGGGGCGGGGAGCGGCGACGCGUCGGCGAGCUGCUCCGGGGAUGAUAGUAGCAAUGGCACUGGCAAGAGGGAUGGAAGCAGAAGGGUAAGGAUGCGGCGGUACAGAUCGGAGCUCGAGCAAGAAGUAAAGAAACUGCAGAGGCAACUGGAAGAAGAGAUUGACUUGCAGUUGGCAUUAACAGAUGCCAUCACAAAUAAUGCUACACUGAUACUUGAGCCCUCUGCAAAGCUUCCAAACAAGGCACAGGAGCUAAUAAUUAGCAUAGCCUCCUUGGAGAAUACUGUCUCAAAACUUGAAAAAGACCUAAAUGACUUAUGUUACCAACUGUGUCAUUUAAGGAACAAUACGCGACUUGCAGAAAAUAAUUCCAGAUACUUAGAAACUCUAGCUGAAGAAAAUAAUUCCAGAGGUCUACUGUCUACAUCAUUACAGUACCAACCACCGUCAACUUGUAAAUGUACAGGGGAGGAAGACAUUUCAACACUAAGAGAUAUAAAGCUCGGAGAAUCUGAAUCAAUGCAAGAAAAUUUAUUCCCUGGGCUUGAGGACCAACAGAACAUUCAAAAAGAGAGUGAAGGGAGAGAGAUAGUAUCUCAAGAUGGGCUUCUCGAAGAGCAUCAAGAUGUUCCUUCAAAUAGAUUGUUGGAAAAACACUGGAACGAAGAGAUGCAAGAGUCCUAUCCUAUGGAAAAUGGAGGCAGAGAAUAUCAGAUAAUAGAUGCGUUAUCAUUUGACCAAUCUCAUCAGAGGAAAAGCAGCAUCAAUGGUAAUGUGUGGAAUGGCAAUCCAAAUAAGCUCUCUGAAGAAAUGGUGCGCUGUAUGAGAGAUAUCUUCCUUCGUUUAUCUGACUCAUCAUCCGAGAUAUCACCAAAAGGGUCUUCUGUUAAUUCAAUUUCAUCAACAGAACGUCUAUCUGGCUGUACAUUGACAUCUGUAUCAGAUUCAUCCUUGAUGGCAUCAGUGAUGCAAAGCCCUUCAGUUGAUUCAAACCAUGACAGUAUUGAUGAAGUUAGAUACUUCGAUCCCUACAACGUUAAUGGCAAGGAAGUUCGAAGAGACAUUGGGAACUAUUGUUCAGUAGCUGAGGUGUCUUGGAUGUAUGUUGGCAAGGAACAGCUUGCAUAUGCAUCUGAAGCUCUAAAAAAUUUCAGGAAUCUCGUGGAGCAACUAUCAAAGGUUGACCCUACAUGUAUGACCUGUGCUGAGCGGUUAGCAUUUUGGAUUAACCUGUACAAUACGUUGAUAAUGCAUGCAUAUUUGGCCUAUGGGGUUCCAGAAAACGAUAUCAAGCUCUUCUCACUAAUGCAAAAGGCCUGUUACAUUGUUGGUGGGCAGUCCUUCAGCGCAGCAGAAAUAGAGUUUGUGAUUCUGAAGAUGAAGACUCCAGUACACCGGCCACAACUUUCGUUGAUGUUGGCCCUUCACAAGUUCAGAGUUACCGAGGAGCACAAGAAAUAUUCGAUCGAUGAUGCAGAGCCCCUUGUGUUGUUUGGCCUUAGCUGUGGAAUGUUCUCAUCACCUGCUGUCAGGAUUUUCUCAGCCGGGAAUGUUCGGCAGGAGCUUCAGGAAUCAAUGAGAGACUACAUCCGAGCAUCGGUUGGUAUCAACGACAGCGGGAAGCUCAUCGUCCCAAAGCUGCUUCAGAGCUAUGCCAAGGGCACCGUGGAGGACUCUCUGCUCGCCGACUGGAUCUGCCGUCACCUCACACCAAACCAGGUCGCAGCUGUCCAAGACACUUCGUCGUCGCGGAAACAGCGGCUUCUUGGUGUGCGCAGCUUCAGCGUCGUUCCAUUUGACUCAAAAUUCCGGUAUCUGUUCUUGCCUGACAACAGUAGCUCCCAGCACUGAACCAAGCUUGCCCUGCCAAUUGUUCAGAAAGAAACCAAGAGUAGCAUUUUGACAAACUGAAAAAGAAAAUGAAGAGAUCAGCUGUACAUGUUGUAAAUCUUUUAGGGUGAUUCUUUUUUUUUUUGGGCUUGUAAAGAUCGUUUGUAAGCCAUGCAUGCUUAUAUAAAAACUGUAGUAUAAAGGUUUGUGUAUAAUUUGCUUGUUUUUAGCAACAAUCAAGAUGGUAAAAUUCAGACAGUUUUUCUUCUA